AUGGCUCUGACCCUUACAAGUUGGCAUAGGCCAUGGCAUGGUUUUGAUGUUUUGCACCAUGCCAAGGCAAGCCAAGAGUGCUUGGGAGGCGCACUAGACAAGGUCGGAAGACAUGUGUCUUGGGCUGGAGUUUGGCAGCCAAGACAUGGCAGCAUGUGCAGCGCAGCGCGCAAGGGGCAGCGUAUGUCGACAGAUCGUGGGCUGUUGCGUGGGCAGUUGCAUGGGCUGGUGCGUGGGCAGUUUGGCUGGCAGAUUGUGCGCAUGGUGCUGGCAGUUCGUGCAGGCAGAUUGUGCUCAUGGUGCUGGCAGAUUGUGCAAGCAGUUGGCUUGCAUGAUGCGCAACGCACGCGGGCAGGUUGCUGGCAGAUUGGCUGGACGUGGCAGUUUACUUAA